AGUGAUAAUUUUGUGAAUGAAAACAAUAAUACAAACAACAACAAUACCAGUUCGAAUCAAACAUUUUCUAAUGAUUUCGAAGAUUUUGACAAAAGUGAUUUGAAUAUUUUCGCAUCAUUGCCAAAUUUUAUACAACAAUUAACUCAGCAACAACAACAACAGCACCAACAAAAUUCAGCCAGUCCCUCAUCAUCGUCAGCGACAACAGCGGCCCUUACGCCACCCACCCUAUUGACGCCGUCAACAGCUGCUGCCUUAAUGAGUAGUGCUGCUGCGGCUGCCGCGGGUGCCGCUGGAGGAGCUCUAUAUGGGGCCUUACUGAAUCAAACCACAUCAUCAUCGUCCACUUCACAAUCGCCCACUGCCCAGCAUUGUUCUGCAGCAUCGAAAAACUUUCCCCAGAAUUCACCCAGUUCCUCGACAACAUCGCCCACCGCCUCCCUGCUGACCGGCCAGUUUACGGCAGCUCUAGGUAAUUUUUUCGGGGCCAACGGUUUUGGUUCGGCCAAAAUGUUGAACGAACUAUUCGGCCGUCAAAUGAAGCAGGCCCAGGAUGCUACCAGUGGUCUACCCACAAAUUUGGAUAAUGCCAUGUUGGCCGCAGCCAUGGAAUCGGCCACCAGUGCCGAUCUGCUCAGUGCUGCCGGACUUGUCAAUUCGCUUGGUCUGAACACAAACAGUAAAUUGCUCAACAACAAUUCCAUAUCCAGUGACCAACAGAUAUCCUCCUCACAAUCGCCCAAAAAUCGUCGCAUCAGCAACUGCAGUGAACGUUCCCUGGAAGAGAACACCAAUGCCCAGCGCAAUGGUUCGGGUACACCACCCCGUGCUCCAUCGGUGGGCAAUAACAAUUCCAAUAAUGCCAACAGCAACAAUGUUGGCUCCACCAACAACACACAAUCCACCUCACCCAGUUUGCAACAACAACAAAACGAUUUGGCCCAUCACAUGCUGCGCAAUAUUCUGCAAGGCAAAAAGGAGCUAAUGCAGCUGGAUCAGGAACUGCGCUCGGUUAUGAAUCAGCAACAGCAACACAAAGAUAAUCAGGACUCGUUAAAAUUGAACAACAAUAACAAUAAUGCCUCAGCCAAUAACAAUAAUAACAACAACAAUGUCACCGAUUCAAAAUCGGACAAUUCGAAUGUGAUAAACCUCAUUGAGGACUCACUGUCGGAAAUCAAAAUUAAAAGUGAACCCAAUAUGCCCACAUCAUCCAUGGAAUUGAUGAAUGGCUCAGUGGAGCGUCGCAAAUCAUCCGAUUCAGAUUGUGGAGGCAUGAAUUCGCCACACAACUCUCAGCACGAGGACCAACAGUCGGAACUCGAUGGCCAGGAUUCCCAGCAUGGCCAGGAACAGGUCGACAAUGAACAAAUUGAUAUGUCCGGUGUUGUGACGAAAAAGGAAGCCGAUGACAUCCUCGAGGAUGUGGAACUGAUGGGUCUGAAUUCCCGUUCCGAUCUCGAGUCACUGGCAUCUCCCUCGCAAUCGGAUAUGAUGCUCUUGGAUAACAGCAAAGAUGAUAUGGAUGAGGAUUUGGACAAGGACAUGUCCUCAGGUAUGCCCAAGAAAUCCGAUUUGAAACGCGCCCGUGUCGAGAACAUUGUGUCCAGUAUGCGUUCCAGUCCCUCGGCCUCCAACCAGGCCCAUCUGCAGGUCAACGGCUGCAAGAAACGCAAGCUGUACCAACCUCAACAGCACGCCAUGGAACGAUAUGUGGCCGCUGCUGCCGGUCUAAAUUUCGGCUUGAAUCUGCAAUCGAUGAUGCUCAACGAUGCCGAUGACUCCGACGAAAAUGAGUCGCCACAACUGCAACAAAAACGCAAUGAGAAAAAUGCCCUCAAAUCCCAGUUGCGCUCCAUGCAGGAACAAUUGGCCGAAAUGCAGCAGAAAUAUGUGCAAUUAUGCUCACGCAUGGAACAGGAGUCGGAGUGCCAGGAAGUCGAAGAUAAUGUCAGCGAUUGCAUGGAACAGGAGGACAAUAACGGUGAUCUCUCACCCUCACCACCGCUCAUGAAUGAAGAAGCUUUGCAGGAGGACAAAAGUUCGGGUCAAGAAAAUGAACGGCCCAAUUCGGCCUCACCGUUGCCCAUGAAAAAUGGUAAGCUUGUGAGCAAUCCCAAUUCUACCGCACUCACCUCCAUGGAAAACGCUCCCAAUAUGCUAUCGCAAAUGAUGAGCAAAAUGAUGUCGGGUAAGCUACACAACCCCUUGGUGAGUCAUCCUCAUAUGCAACAAUCAUUCAACGGACCAUUGCCACUGUUGCAACAUAUGCCACAGUUGCAGACCGGAGAGGGUGGCCUACCUCAUCCAGCAAUCAGUAAUGCUGCCGCCAUGUACUUGGGCCAACAGUUCUUCUUCGAACAGGAGGCCCGUAUGGCCAAGGAAGCUGCCGAACAGCAGGAACGCCAACAGCAGCAGCAACAACAACAAUUGCAACAACAGCAAGCUCAGGAACAACAAGAACAACAACGUCGUUUCGAACAAGAGCAACAACAGAGACGCAAGGAGGAACAACAACAGCAGCAGGCUGCCCAACAACAGCAGGCCGCUCAACAACAACAGCAGCAGCAACAAUUGCGCCAACAACAAAUGCAACAGCUGAAACAUGAGCAGCAAAGCUUGCAACAGCAACCCACACGUCCCCAGCUGCAUCACAACAGCAAUCGUGUCAGUCUACGCCACAACACUGCUCUGAAGAGCGAACUAUCUGAAAAAUUCAAUAUGUUGCGCUCCAGCUCAAGCUCCAUCAUGCGCAUGUCCGGCGCCGAUCUUGAAGGCCUUGCCGAUGUGCUCAAGUCGGAAAUUACAACCUCACUAUCGGCCCUGGUCGAUACAAUUGUCACACGCUUCGUACACCAACGCCGUCUGUUCAGCAAACAAUCCGAUUCGGUGGCCGCCGCUGCCGAACAGCUCAACAAGGAUCUCUUGCUUGCCUCCCAAAUCCUCGAUCGUAAAUCGCCACGCACCAAAGUUGCCGACCGUUCCAACGCGAACAGCACCAGCAGCUCAGCAUCCGCCCAAUCGAAUGGACACUCCGCCGUAGCCGCCGCCGUCGUCAAUCAAGCAGCGGCAGCAAUGUUUCAGGCACCGAAGACACCUCAGGGCAUGAACCCGGUGGCAGCAGCUGCCCUCUACAAUUCGAUGACAUCGUCCGGACCGCAACAGAUGAAUCCCUUCUGUAUGCCCGAGCCUCGCGAUCAACAGCAGCAACAACAACAGCAGCAGCAACAACACCAGCAACAGCAACAACAGUUGCAACAGCAGCAGCAACAACAACUGGAACAAAACGAGGCAUUGAGUUUGGUGGUGACACCGAAAAAGAAACGCCAUAAGGUCACGGAUACCCGUAUCACGCCACGCACCGUUAGCCGGAUCUUGGCUCAAGAUGGCCUGGUGCCACCCAGUCCCGUCAAUGGCAUGACCCAAAAUGGACAACAGAUGCAAUCCCAAAUGAAUGGCCCCUGCAAUACCAACGGUCAGAAUCCUAUGAAUCCCGCCUCGCUGAACAGUCUCAAUCAGAAUACCGGCAAUACGAAUCAAGGCAAUAGCAAUAACAACAACGGUUGCAACAACAAUCCGUCAGCCGCGAACAACAGCAACAACAACCAACAAGGCAACAAUUCGAACAGCAAUACCACACCCGCCCAGAGUCCAUCGCCGCGUAGCCAGGCGCCGCCAGCAUUCCAUGCGAAUGCGGGACCACCGCCACCACCACCCAUGUUGCCCGUGUCGUUGCCCACCUCGGUCGCCAUACCCAAUCCUUCGUUACACGAAUCGCAAGUCUUCUCACCCUACAGUCCAUUCUUUAAUCCGCAUGCACCGCCGCCGCAUGGACCUCACGCCCCGCCCACAGCCGCCCAAAUGCAUCACAUCAAAAUGUCCUCAAGUCCGCCAGGCGGUUUGGGCAGUCUGAUGGAUGGUUCGCGUGAUGGUUCUCCGCCACUGCCACCACAUCCCUCAACCAUGUUACAUCCUGCGCUGUUGGCUGCCGCCCACCACGGUGGCUCACCCGAUUACAGUGCACACUUGCGUGCUGCCAUGGACGCUCAAGAUCGUAAUUCGGAUUGCAAUUCGGCUGAUAUGCAAUUCGAUGGAAUGCAACCGACCAUAUCGUUUUUGAAACAACAAAUGAUCAAAAAUAGCGAUUCAUUGACCACCUCGCAUUCAUCGACACUGACGCCAAUGCAUUUGCGCAAAGCGAAACUGAUGUUCUUCUGGGUGCGCUAUCCAUCAUCAUCAGUAUUGAAAAUGUAUUUCCCCGAUAUUAAAUUCAAUAAGAAUAAUACAGCACAAUUGGUGAAAUGGUUCUCGAAUUUCCGAGAAUUCUACUAUAUACAAAUGGAGAAAUAUGCCCGUCAAGCUGUUACCGAAGGUGUUAAAUGUGCCGAAGAUUUGCACAUUAGUGGCGAUAGUGAACUCUACCGUGUAUUGAAUUUACACUACAAUCGCAAUAACCAUAUCGAGGUUCCCCAAAAUUUCCGUUUUGUGGUGGAGCAAACAUUACGUGAAUUUUUCCGCGCUAUACAAGGUGGCAAAGAUACAGAACAAUCGUGGAAGAAAUCAAUCUAUAAAAUAAUCUCACGUCUCGACGAUCCAGUACCCGAAUAUUUUAAAUCUCCAAAUUUUUUGGAACAAUUGGAGUAAAUGUGAAACACAUGAAAACACGACUACCAACCAGGAUCAAACAAAAAUGAUACCCAAACACACA